GGGAAACAAUUAGUAAGUACUUUCCUUUUUGCGUCAAAAUUUAAAAAUCGACGAGGACACUAUGCAACCUGAAUCUUCUCUGAAUUGGAAAUUGCUCUGUUCCUAAUCCCACUAUGAAUUGGAUUGAGAGAGUUUCAACAAAUCCUGAUACCAUUAGGAUUAGGGUUGCUAAAUUUUCUAUAUAUACUCAACUACUCACCCGUAAUUCCAUUACACAAUUCAAAGUUCUUGAACUAAGGCUGUAUAAAGCAAUUUCUGCCUCCUGAAACCCUAUUGUUUACGAUCUCUAAUCAAUAACCAUGGUGAUCACUCAGAAGAAGAAGUUGAUGUACAAUCCAUGCCGGUUGAAAAGCCCAAGGAGUCCGGGAAUCUACCAUCUCUGCCGGCAGAAGAGAAGAAGCACGAGAAGCCCUUGCCGGCAGAAGAAAAGAAGCAGCCGGAGGAGUCUUUGCGGGCAGAAGAGAAGCCAGAACGUCGACCUCCGAACAAAGAAAACGGUUUGGACAUGGAAAAUUACUCAUGGGGACAAUCACUUCAGGAAGUCACCAUCAACGUGGCGGUUCCGGCUGGGACGAAGGCCAGGUUCGUCGCGUGCGAGAUUAAGAAGAAUCGCAUCAAAGUCGGGCUGAAAAACCAGACUCCGAUAUUGGAAGGAGAAUUGUUCGGGUCAAUUAAGCCGGAAGACUCAUUCUGGAGUUUGGAAGACCAAAAGAUGGUUUCGAUUCUACUGACGAAGCUGGACAGGAUGAAUUGGUGGAAGUGUUUGACGAAAGGCGGAGCCGAAAUUGACACCCAGAAGGUGGAGCCCGAGACCUCCAGAUUGUCGGAUUUGGAUUCCGAGACAAGAGCGGCUGUUGAGAAGAUGAUGUUCGAUCAGAGGCAGAAAUCCAUGGGUCUUCCGACCAGCCAAGAGAUUGAGAAUCAGGAACUCAUGAAGAAGUUUGGGACCCAAUUUCCUGGUUUGAAUAUUCCUGGCGGGAGCGGGAAGAUGAUGGAUUCAAGAAAUGGCUUUUUUACCAAGUAGAGAUCAUAGUCUUUCUUCU